AUGUCUCCAAACAUGACUUGUGAUGCUCUAGCAUCCUUUUCCCCUAAUUCCACCGUGGCCAAAAGGAAAGAAGCCCUAGAGCUCAGAAAGGUGAGUUGUCUUUUAAAUGUGCGCAAAUGUUCUCUAUUUAUUGUACCGCCACUAAACUUGGUUUAUAAUUUUCAGACGAUGAAACCAUUGGUGGAGAAAAGAAGGCGUGCUCGUAUUAACGACAGCCUGAACCACUUGAAGGACCUCAUUCUUCCUCUUACCGGCAAAGAUAAAAGUCGCUACUCUAAGCUGGAGAAAGCAGACAUCUUGGAGAUGACUGUGAGGUUCCUCAGUGACAUGCCCCCUGUCCAAAAUAAAAAUUCCACAGACAGUUACAAAGAGGGCUACAAAGCUUGCCUCCAGCGCGUCUCUGCGCUCCUUCCGAAAAGCAGCCUCGAGCCCGAUGCCACCCGACAGGUGACCGACUUCAUCCAGCGGUCCAUGUCGGCCAACAACAACAGGCAGUGCCACAACUGCUGCAGCCAGAGCUCCGGGGCUUUCCCGCACAUCCAGCAGAGGCUUCUUAGCCUGAAGUCCAGCCUGGGCCACAAACCCGAGGGCGCGGUGCACCCAAGUGGAGCGCGCUCAGCUCCACAGCUCAACAUUGCCCCCAUGUGGAGACCCUGGUAG